AUGGAAGCGAGUCUGCUUGUCAUUCCUUUGGUCAUACUAUUUUUAUCUACUUCAGCUAAUGGGCAUGGGUUGAUGGUGGGUUAUUAUAGUCAAACCUGCCCUGAGGCCGAGGACAUCAUCAGUGAAACUGUUGCCAAAGCUGUUAAAGCUAAUCCUGGUGUAGCAGCUUCUCUUAUAAGGAUGCAUUUCCACGAUUGCUUUGUAAGAGGUUGCGAUGGAUCAAUUCUCCUUGAUUCUAUAGAAGGCAAUACAGCGGAGAAGGACCAUCCGGCCAAUAACCCAAGUCUAAGGGGCUACGACAUAAUUGAUGAAGCCAAGUCCAAACUGGAAGCCAAAUGUCCCGGCGUCGUUUCUUGUGCCGACGUAGUUGCACUCGCUGCAAGAGAUAGUGCUUACCAAGCUGGUGGGUUUAGUUGGGCGGUUGAAGGUGGACGAAGAGACGGAAGGAUAUCACACCAAUCAGAUGUCUCGGAAAAUCUUCCUCCUCCCUCAUUUGAUGUAAACCAGUUGACACGACUUUUUGCUUCAAAGCAAUUGUCGCAGGAGGAGAUGGUCACUCUCUCAGGGGCACAUUCAAUUGGGGUUUCUCACUGCGCUUCAUUCACCGGAGAUCGUCUGUACAACUUCAGCGGCAGAGGUGGUCAAGAUCCUUCGAUGGACUCUCACUAUGCUCUUCAGCUAAAGGCCAAAUGCCCCCCUUCAAAUCCGUCUAACGUCGUUGUUCAACUGGAUCCUCUCACUCCCACUAAUUUGGACGUGAAAUACUACGUCGAUUUGCAAUACAAGCGUGGACUGUUGAAAUCUGAUCAAACGUUGAUGUCAAAUGAUGCCGCCUCCAGACAGGUGAAUAUAAAUGCCCAGUAUGCCAAUGUUUGGAGGAAAAACUUUGGAAGGGCAAUGGUAAAGAUGGGUACAAUUGACGUGUUGACAGGAUCGCAGGGAGAGAUAAGGAAACAGUGCCAUGCCCCGAACUAG